AGGGAGUUUUUCUGUUAACAAGUCAUGUCGUCAAAACGAAUCCGGCAUAUUUUGGAGCUCACGGUCCAGGAGCGUAAGGAGUUUAUCGAAUCCUUCGAUUGUGUUAUUUGCGAUUGUGAUGGCGUCCUGUGGACCGUCUUCGAGCCCAUCCCGGGAAUAGCCGACGCCCUGGCUACCCUCCGCUCGCACGGCAAAACGCUCCGCUACAUCACCAACAACAGCGUCCGUACGUUCGAUCACUACGCUGCUCAGUUCCGAACCCUGGGCACAACUCUAACCCCAUUCGACAUAGUCCACCCGGCGCUCGCCAUAGUCCGUCACCUGAAAUCGAUCGACUUCCAAGGUUUGAUUUACUGCAUGGCUACCGCCCCCUUCAAAACCGUACUCACCGAUGCCGGAUUCAAGUUAAUCGAUGGCCCGGACGAUCCCCUGGAGGAAUCCUUCAAGAAGAUAAUCGCCACCAUUCAUGACCGGGCACCGGUCCGGGCCGUCGUGGUGGACGUUGACUUCAACAUCAACUAUCCGAAGCUGAUGCGAGCCGAGUUGUACUUAAAGAACGACCCAGACUGUCUGUUGAUCGCCGGGGCAACGGACAAAGUGCUGCAUGCCAAGCGCGAUUUCAAUCUGAUCGGUCCGGGUCAUUUCUUGGACGUGCUGCAACAAUCCACCGGACGGAAGGCUACCGUCCUGGGCAAACCGGGCGUUCAACUGGCCCAGCAAGUUAAGACCCUGUACGGAAUCGAGGAUCCUCGCAGGGUGCUCUUCGUGGGCGACAUGAUGGAGCAGGAUGUGGCAUUUGCCAGCCGGUGCGGCUUCCAGAAGUUGUUGGUCCUGUCCGGAGGGGCCACCCAGGAGGAUAUGAUGCAGCCGAAGGAUUUGACCUGCACUGCGGACUUCUACGCCGACAGUUUGGCGGAUUUCGUACCGUUGUUCGAGUGA